AGCACACAUACACAUGGCCGAAGCACGCACAAUGUUUGUCGUAAUCCGAAAGGACCUCAUCAAGGUACAGCCCACACCAUACGCUGGUCACUAUGACGUGCGGAACAUCAAUUAACCAGUCGUACAUGCCUUAGGUUCUGAAUUGGCCACUCGGAAGGUAACAUCGGAAGAAAUGAGUUAGGCGGCAAUGUAACCCGGAUAAACAUGCCUCCUAGCUCGGGAGCAGAUCGAACUAUGCUCAGUCAUAAUCUAACCCACGAGUUGCUCGAUGUAGUGUGGUGAGCCAGGGAUGCCACGCCGCCACGGCGGUAAUGUGGAAGUAUCGCGAGGACGAGCGGGUCAGGGACUACGCCACCAGCCUCGACUCGAUGCACAAGGUAACGCUGGAGACCAAGAACGAAAACUCGCUGCUCAAGAUGGCAGACAAUCUCAAGCAGCAGGGCAUUCCCUACUAUCUGUGGACGGAGCAGCCCGAGAACAUCCCGACCUGUCUGGCCACGGUUCCUGUGAUGAGAUCAGAUCUAGGCGAUGCGCUGAAAAAGUGCCAGCUCAUGCGCUGACACCGGGCGUAUGCAUAAGCAGGCCCGAGGGGGACCAGCAGCAGGCGUCUGAAAUGCGCAAGGGGAGGAGCAGGGGGAGAAAUUUUUGUGAGGAUAUCCUGGUGGUCUUUGGCUCCAGCAUCAAAACUGGCCUUAUCUAGAUUUUCUAAGCCC